AUGGCUAUUGGUUUUGAGGGCUCUUUUACGUUUGGAAGUCAGGGACACAGUGGAGGACUUGCUGUUCUUUGGAGAAAUAAGGAGGAAGUAGAAUUGAAGACCUUCAGUACUCACCACAUCGAUAUGAUCAUAACUGUCCCUGAAUGGCCCCAAUUUCGUCUCACUGGUGUCUAUGGAGAGCCAAAUCGAUCAAAAAGGAAACUCACCUGGAAGCUCAUUAGUGAUCUUGCUAAGUUGUCCAAUCUGCCAUGGUGCCUCAUAGGAGAUAUGAACAAUGUCACUUGUCAAAGUGAUAAAAGAGGAGGAAGGCCUUAUCCUACUUGGCUCAUUGAAGGCUUUCAAAGUGUGUUAACUAGUUGUGGGCUCAUUGAUAUGGAGAUGGAAGGUUACAAAUUCACAUGGGAAAGAGGAAAGGGUACAGAUAAUUGGAUUGAAGUCAAGCUUGAUCGAGCGUUUGUCACUUCAAGUUGGUUUGAUAAGUUUCCAAAUGCAAGACUCACCAAUCUUGAAGUUUCUACCUCAGACCACUGCCCAAUUCUUCUAUCCCCUGCUGUCCAAGUUCACAAACCUCCCAGCCGUAGCUUCAAAUUCGAGAAUGCAUGGCUCCGAGAGCCAAUGUGCAGGAAAAUUAAGUUGCUGAAAGGGAGACGAGAUACUGAUUCGGCCAAAAGAUACAAGGAGGAAAAUGAAAAGCUUGCCGAAAUCCUUACUCAGAAAGAAAUUUUUUGGCGACAGAGAUCUAAGCAGCUAUGGCUUAAGGAAGGUGAUCAUAAUUCUAAAUAUUUUCAUGCUGCUGCCAAGACAAGAAAACGAAACAACCAGAUUAAUUCUCUCCGUAAUGACUCUGGUAAUAUGGUUGGUUGGGAUGAUGGAAUUCAAGAGGUUAUGGAGGGAUAUUUUCAACAACUAUUCACCCCCACGGUAACUAGCUGGAACCAGGUAAUAGAUUGUAUCCCAACAACUAUUACUCCGGUUCAAAAUAUGCAUAUUUCAGCCCCGGUUGAAGAGAGUGAAGUCAAAAAAGCCUUGUUCCAGAUGCAUCCAGACAAGUCCUCGGGACCAGACGGCAUGAGCCCGGGAUUUUAUCAAAAAUUUUGGGAUGUUUUGCGCCAUGAUGUGGUUCAACUAGUAAAAGAUUUCUUCCAAAAUGCAACCUUUCCAGAUCAGUUACCUGCUACUAAUAUUGUCCUUGUGCCUAAGAAGAAACAACCCACUUCCAUGACUGAAAUCCGACCAAUCUCUUUGUGUAAUGUCUUGUACAAAGUCAUCUCUAAGGUACUUGCCAAUAGAAUUAAGUCGGUUCUUAAUCUUGUUAUUUCUGAAACCCAAAGUGCAUUCAUUCCUAACCGAUUGAUUACUAACAACAUUAUGGUGGCUUUUGAGAUUAUGCACUACAUGAAGAGAAAAACUGCAGGAAGAAAUGGAGUUAUGGCACUCAAACUUGACAUGAGCAAAGCGUACGAUAGAGUGGAAUGGGGUUAUUUGCAGGCUGUCCUUAUCAAGAUGGGAGUCGAUAAUCACACAACUUCUCUUCUUAUGAGCUGUGUUACCUCGGCUACAUACCAGAUUGCUCAUGCUGGCAGACUUUUUGGCUCUAUUACACCGGGUAGAGGGUUACGUCAGGGAGACCCAUUGUCUUCUUAUUUGUUCAUCAUUUGCACAGAAGGUUUCUCAGCAUUACUGAAACAUUAUGAACAAAGACAACAAUUAAGAGGCAUUCAAAUUGCUCGUGGGGCUCCUACAGUAUCUCACAUGUUUUUUGCAGAUGACAGCUAUAUCUUCUGCAGAGCAAAUGAGAGAGAAGCUUCCAAUGUGCAAACGUUACUGAAUGUGUUUGAGCAAGCUUCGGGACAAAAGAUAAAUGCAGAAAAGUCAUCAAUUUUCUUUAGCCGAAACACUGCAGUUCAUGUAAGAGACACCAUUUGUGGGGAUAUGGGCAUACACGAGGCUGAUGAUCAUGGCACUUAUUUAGGCCUUCCUAAUAUAAUAGGCCGGAAAAAGUCUGCUAUCCUGGGUUUCUUGAAGGAGAAAGUGCAAAAAUGUAUCCAGUCAUGGGAUGGGAAACUCUUGUCCAAGGCAGGGAAAGAAAUACUCCUGAAGACCAUUGUCCAAGCACUCCCUAACUAUGCUAUGAGCGUCUUUUUGCUACCAAUUGAAACUAGCAAAGAGAUGGAACGUGCCAUGUGCAAAUACUGGUGGAGUUCUUCAUCCAAAAAGGAUAAGAACAUUCAUUGGAUGAGUUGGGAACGCAUGUGCAAGCCUAAAUCACAAGGAGGGUUGGGCUUUCGAAAUCUUUAUGAUUUUAAUGUGGCUCUUCUAGGAAAACAAGGGUGGAGGUUAAUUGUACAACCUCAUUCUCUUGUUAGCAGAGUGUUUAAAGCUAAAUACUACCCAAAUGGUACCUUUCUUUCAGCUGAGCUAGGUGGCAGUCCAAGCUUCGUGUGGAGAAGCAUCAUGGAAGCUCAACUUCUACUCAAAAAAGGGGCUGCAAUUCGUGUAGGGUCUGGUGCUUCAGUGAAUAUACUGAAUGACCCUUGGUUACCAGAUAAUUCAGACCCUUUUGUGCACACAGUAAGUAAAUCUCUCAUUGAUAAAAAGGUUUAUCAACUUAUGUCCAUAGACCAAGAUCAAUGGGAUAUGGAUAUUCUAAAUGACAUCUUCAAUGAGAGAGAUAUUAACUUAAUUGUUAGUAUCCCUAUCCAAAUCACAGAGCCGGACAUUUGGUAUUGGAAGAAAGAAAAUUUGGGACACUACUCUGUGAAGAGUGCUUAUGCUAUCAUUCAAGAAGGGAAGCAACAAUCGGCAACACCCGUUCUUACAGGUUACUGGCGUAAGUGCUGGAACUUAAAAGUUCCCCCAAAGGUGAAGAACUUUCUGUGGCAAGCCUCUACAAGCUGUCUUCCCACGAAAACACAGCUACAAACGAAACAUGUGGCUGUCAAUGCCUUGUGUCCAUUUUGCAAUGUUGAAAAUGAAACAAUCAGCCAUAUUCUUGUCACAUGUUCUUUCUCCAAAGCUUGCUGGACAGAGUUAGAACCAGCCAUAACUACUGUUGUGGUAGACACUUUUCCAAGCUGGCUGAAUCUGAUUUUUGAGAAUUGGAGUGGACGAAGUAGGCAGCUGGUAGUUAUGUUAUGCUGGGCACUUUGGAAGUGCAGAAAUGAUCUGGUAUGGAAUCAAAAAAGUGCUGAAGUCAAGGAUGUUGUAAUGUUGGCUCAAACUGUUCUUAAUCAAUGGCUAUAUGCUCAAGAUAAAAACUUUGAUCCGUCUUUAGGACUACUAUAUCCCGAAGAUGGUAAUGAGCAUUGGACCCCCCCAAACGUUGAUACAAUUAAGAUUAAUACUGACGCUGCAAUAUUCUCCUCAACCAACCGAUACAGCUACUCUUGUGUUGCUAGAUCUCAUCUUGGUAUACUGUUGGAAGCCAAGGCCAAAUGUGUGAGAGGAGUUGUUUCUCCUGAGGUUGCCGAAGCUAUUGGAAUACAUGAAGCUUUGAGUUGGAUCAAGGACAAACAAUGGAGCCGUGUGGUAAUAGAAUCGGACUGCCUUGUUGCUAUUCAAUCUAUUCGUAGCUCUUCUACCAUGUCUUCCUAUUUUGGUAGAAUUAUUAAUAAGUGCAAAAGUUUGUUAGAUGAUUUGAAAGAUUGUUUUGUUUCUUUAAGGUUUGUUAAACGGUCUGCAAACAAUGGAGCUCACUAUUUAGCGAGAUCCACUUGUUUUAUAGCUGAUCGUAGUUUGAGUGUGAGCACUGCUCCCUCGGAGUUCAUUUCUGUAUUGAUGAACGAUUUGAUUUAA